GUAAACAGUCCUAGCUAAGUUGGGGUGUAGGGUGGAUCGUCUUCACUGUGCCUUGUCCUCUGAGUGUGUGAGUCCUUCCUCCUCUACUCCUCAGCUCUGAGUCCUUCCUCCUCUACUCCUCAGCUCUGAGUCCUUCCUCCUGUACUCCUCAGCUCUGAGUCCUUCCUCCUCUACUCCUCAGCUCUGAGUCCUUCCUCCUCUACUCCUCAGCUCUCAUUUCUUUUACGGUUUCCAGCGGUGAUCCAGAAUCAAACACUGCAGACUUUAGGACUGUCUUUCUGGAUUUUACUAAAUUUGUUUAAAAUUUGCAGAAACUUGUGCGUCUGCAGCUUCCAUGUGACUCUGAUAAGGAGAAGAACUUCUGCUGCUCUCGUUGUUUUGGCUUCUUGAAUACGUAUAAAAAUGUGAUGAAGAGAAAGAGAGAGAGAGAGAGAGAGAGAGAGAGAGAGAGAUGGGAGGAGCGGUGUGCAGAGCGGAGGUGAAGGAGGAGAAGAGGAGGAGCGUGGGGAGGGAGGACAGUCUGACAUCAGCUGACAGAAUCCGUCGCUUCGCCGUCAGACAGUUUGGAUUCAACGUCCUGAGUCUGGCUCGCAGAGGACUCAAGGACGUCCCAUACGAGCUGUGGGAGCUGCUGGAGUUACAGAAGUUAAAUCUUUCUCUCAACGGUCUGAAGCUUCUUCCUCCUCAGCUGGCUCUGCUCUGCAACCUAGAGGUGCUCAACCUCUGGGGGAACCAG